UAAAAAUAAAUAUAUUUAAAAAAAAAAAAAAGUCUAAAUGGUUUGCACGUCACAAGUAGUGGCCUUCCACACAAAAUAAUGUUUGUUUUUAAUGAAGAAUAGUAUUUAUACAUAAAUGCAUCCAGUAUUCUUCGUCAUCGUCACCAAAGAUUUUGAGAGAGAGAGAGAGAGAGAGAUGGCACAAGCCUUUCUGAUGAUGAUGAUGAUAGCAACUUCAAGUAUCAAUUUUGCAGAAGCAUUCAAGGAGGAAGGUGGCAUGGGAGGGGUUAUCCAUGUUGGAGGGAAAGUGCUUUGCCAGGAUUGCUCCCAAGGCUGGAAUGAAUGGGUCCAUGGUGCCAAGCCUAUCAAGGGUUGCAAAGUAUCCAUCACAUGCAUGGAUGAGAGAAAAAGAGUGAUAUACUAUGGAAGUGAUCAGACCGAUGAAGCCGGUGACUAUGAGAUGACCCUAAACAAGUACAUCAAUGGUGGCAAAGAAUUGGACCCAAACAAAUGCUCAGUGAGGCUGGUCUCAUCGCCAGACCCUGUCUGCAAUAUUGCCACGGACUUUGCCAGUGGGAGGUCGGGGGUGAAGCUGAGGAGGCCCACUGUGGUGUACAGGGACUUUAUCAAACAUGUGCUCAGCCCAUUCUAUUACACUACUCCCAUGUGUGAUGAACCUGAUGCUGCUACUACUACUACUCACUCCUCUUCCUCCUCAUAUGCCAAACAAACCAAAUAUUAAAUUUUUUUUUAUGGAUUUUUUGGUUUAUUGUUAUGUUAUUUGUGGUAUUGUUACUUGAUGAAAUGGAUUUAUUUGUUGGGAUUUCUAGUUGUGUCGUUGAAUUGUAAUUGUUUAAUUUGAUAUAAUUUUUCUUAUAUUUGCUAUUAUUUCUCCUACUACUCUCCUCUAAUUGUUUAAUUAUGUGGCAUGCUUCUAGGAUU